ACCCCUCUUUUGCUUUUCCAACUCAAAAUAUCCAAAAUGUCGAGACUGGCGACCCUCCCCCGACGACUGGCUCUCCUCCGCCCCCUAAGGAGGACGACAUGCACCGCCAGGAGCUACUCCACAGCAUCCGAGCAGCGCCUCGACAACCGCGUCAAGAUCGUCGAAGUAGGGCCGCGCGAUGGCCUCCAAAACGAAAAGAAUAUCGUGCCGCUGGCGACAAAGAUUGAGCUGAUUGAACGACUGGCAAAGACCGGGCUUCAGACAAUCGAGGCGGGUUCGUUUGUCGCUCCGAAAUGGGUGCCACAAAUGGCCAACUCCUCCGAAAUCCUCUCCCACAUCCUCACCACCCCACCACCCUCCCCCCACCCCCUAACCUACUCCUUCCUCGCCCCCAACAUGAAAGGCCUCUCCAACGCCUUCUCCAUCCUCGACGCAAACCCCUCCUCUUUCUCCACCGAAUCCAACCCUUCACCAUCAAAACCCUCCCUCGAAAUGGCCGUCUUUGCCUCGGCAACCGAAACCUUUUCCCAGAAAAACCUCAACGCCUCCAUCGCCGCCUCUCUUGAAGCUUUUAGGGCGGUCAUCUCCGCCGCCAAGGAAACACCCUACAACCUCCGCGUCCGCGGCUACAUCUCCGUCGUCCUCGGCUGCCCCUUUGAGGGCUACGACGUCUCGCCCCACCGCGUUGCUGAGAUUGCUACCGGGCUGCUCGAGAUGGGAGUGGACGAAAUCGCGCUGGGUGAUACGACAGGCAUGGGCACUGCGCCCAGAACAAAGGACUUGUUGAAUUGUCUGAGGAGCGCGGGGAUAAGGAAUGAGGAUGUGGCGAUGCACUUUCAUGAUACGUACGGGCAGGCGCUGGUGAACACGGCUGUGGCGUUGGAGCAUGGGAUCAGGACGUUCGAUGCUAGUGUUAGUGGGUUGGGGGGUUGCCCGUACAGCCCGGGGGCUACCGGGAAUGUGGCGACGGAGGAUAUGGUGUAUUUUAUGGAGAGUUUGGGGAUGGAUGCGGGGGUUGAUUUGGAUGGGGUGGCCGAGGUGGGGGAGUGGAUUAGCAAGGAGUUGGGGAGGGGGAAUGGGAGUACCGUUGGGAGGGCGGUUUUGGGGCGGAGGAAGAGGAAGCAGGAGUGA